UCUCUUCACUGUGUCAGUCCUCUUAACAACUGAUAUGUUGUUCUGCGCGAGAGCGCCCUCAUCCACUUUCCACACAAGAGCAUCUGUGCGCACAAUACAUGGUAAAAGCUGAAUUUUCGUUGACUUUGGAAGGAUGUUUUACUUUAGUUUUACAGCCAUGGCAAGAUGGUCGAUUUUAUUUUUAUACUUUUUCCAAGGAUUACUUCCCCUCAUCUUUGGGCAGCAGCAGCAGCAGCAGCGCACAGCUGGUCCCUGGCGACACCGCAUCCAGUGGGAGAACAACGGACAGGUUUACAGUUUAAUGAGCACUGGAUCAGAGUAUCAAACUCCGGUUCGGUCCAGAAGCCAUUCGCGGUUUUAUGUGAGCAGCAGGAGCGGUGGCACGCCGGGAGCGCACAGCUCACAACGCGCGCUUGUUAGGGCCAGUCAGGCAGAGUCCAGACAGCUCAGGACUGACCACAGUGUACAACCAGGAUUUUUUACUCCUGGACAGGAUGCUGGACAGUUGGUGCCUGUUAAUACUCACGCGUCAGAGAGCAGGCAGCAGCCCGAGCGCGCUCGUCAAACCAUCCCAGCAUACACCACAACUGUGGAGAGAGAUUCUGCGGGCCCUUCACUCUUCUCAUCUCUGACAGAGGAUGUGUCAAACGAGGCAAACACGAAUGCAGAGGACAUGCUUAACGACGACCCUCGAAACCCCUUUAAAAACCACAGGAAUUCUGUUUUCUAUAACCUGCAUCCCACGAGAGGAAGAUCAGGGGCUCGCACGCGCCGUCCACCUGGCACAGGAUAUGGCACGCGAUACUUCCAAAACGGACUGCCAGACCUUGUGCCCGACCCAUAUGCCAUCCAAGCAGGUGCUUACGUCCAGCGCAUGCAGAUGUAUGCACUCCGCUGUGCAGCUGAGGAAAACUGUCUGGCCAGGUCAGCUUAUGGACAUGCCGUACGAGACAUCGACUUCAGGGUCCUCCUGCGGUUCCCUCAGAAAGUGAAGAAUCAAGGCACUACUGACUUUCUCCCCGUCAAGCCCAGAUAUCAGUGGGACUGGCACAGCUGUCACCAGCACUUCCACAGUAUGGAUGCCUUCAGUAACUACGACCUGCUCGACGCCCUCUCCGGACUUAAAGUAGCCGAGGGACAUAAGGCCAGUUUCUGCCUUGAGGACACAGGCUGUGAUCCUGGAUUCAGGCGCCGCUACGCAUGCACAGCCCAUACACAGGGACUGAGCCCAGGAUGCCACGACACCUACGCUGCCAACAUUGACUGUCAGUGGAUCGACAUCACCGACGUCCCUCCAGGAAACUACAUCCUGAAGGUUACUGUCAAUCCCGAUUUCUAUGUCAUGGAGUCGGACUUCAGCAACAAUGUAGUGAGAUGUGACAUCACUUACACCGGAGUUUAUGUUCAGACACGCAACUGUCGAAUAACAAGGGGUUGAAAACUUCAUUUCCAGUCUUGCAACAUCUCGCCCCGGAACUUUCAAGCAACAUCGACUCAGAUUAACAGAAAAGUGUAACUGGUGAAUUGUUGAAUACAACACUGUUGCUGCCAUAGAGUCAUGUGAUGCAUUUGUUAUUAUUAAAUGCUAAAAAAAAAAAAGUUUACACAAUUUUUGUAAAUCACUUGAGAUCACACACAAUAUAAGCAUAUUUCUUUUCUUAACAAAUUCAAGUACUGUGUUUGUUUAGGUUGUUUUGUUGAAUGCAUGUUUUGUAGUUUGAAAUGUGUCGUUGAUUUGUCUGCUUGGCGUUAUUGUUACUUGCACAUCGUUAUUUGUUACAGUUUUAUUUAUAGAGUGAAAUAUUCUAUAUUGCAAAGUCACAGAAAUUUGAUUGAACACUUUGUGACAUUACCGCCCUCUUAUGUUUUCUUUUCUUUUUUUUAAAAAAAAGGCAGAUUUGUUUCUGACUAAAGGAUGUAGGGCAUUUUUAAUUUAUCAAUAAGAAAACGGUAAUCUUUUAGCUCCCAAUAAUCAUGGAUAACUGAAAUAGCAUGUGUCAUAUGUUUUAUGUUUGUGUCGAUGUGUGCCUGUGUAUAUCAGAGUGGAUGGAAAAUGAAAAACUGUUUGACCUUGCUUAAGUGUUGUUCAGAAUGUUUAUCUCAUAUGUUAAUUUGAUUUAAUGCAAUAAAGACGAUGAGUGAGUUGA